GCCACAAAAGCGGAUAUCACAGCCGCGGUGCAUACUGGGAUGCUGGGUUGACUUCAGGUUAGAGGAGCUCCAAAAUGUCGGCUAUUGCGUUGACGUCCUUGAGCCGCUGUGGCGUCUUGACACUCCGUUCCUCCGCAGGACUGGUGUCGGUGAGAUGUGCUCAAACUGCAGCGGCUCCAGCAGCACAGCCCAGAAUAAAGAAGUUUCAGGUGUACAGAUGGGACCCAGACACUCCAGGAGACAAACCCCGCAUGCAGACCUACGAGAUCGACCUCAAUACAUGUGGUCCAAUGGUUCUUGAUGCCCUAAUCAAGAUCAAAAAUGAGAUGGACUCCACUCUGACUUUCCGUCGCUCCUGCAGAGAGGGCAUUUGUGGCUCCUGUGCAAUGAACAUUAACGGAGGAAACACUCUGGCAUGUCUGAACAAGAUUGACACCAACCUGAGCAAACCAUCAAAGAUUUACCCCCUGCCACACAUGUAUGUGGUGAAGGACCUGGUGCCUGACAUGAGUAACUUCUACGCUCAGUACAAGUCGAUUGAGCCGUACCUGAAGAAGAAGGACGAGUCGAAGGAAGGCAAAGAUCAGUAUCUGCAGUCCGUAGAGGACAGACAGAAGCUGGAUGGGUUAUAUGAAUGCAUCCUGUGCGCUUGCUGCAGUACGAGCUGCCCGAGUUACUGGUGGAAUGGAGACAAAUACCUUGGACCUGCUGUGCUCAUGCAGGCGUAUCGUUGGAUGAUUGAUUCACGAGACGAGUUCACAGAGGAGCGCCUGUCCAAACUGCAGGAUCCCUUCUCGCUCUACCGUUGCCACACUAUAAUGAACUGCACCAAGACCUGCCCCAAGGGGCUGAAUCCAGGGAAAGCAAUAGCUGAGAUCAAGAAGAUGAUGGCCACAUACAAGGAGAAGAAGGCUGCUGCUACUGUCUGAAACUCCACAUCUGGCUUUUUGUCCAACCUUUCCCUCCAUGAUUAAAUUAUAUACUCAUUAAGAAUGCUUUAUGAGGUCUGACGGGCCAGUACACCAGUCUAUCUCUGUGUGUGUGUGUCUGUCUGUCUGUAUGUAUCUCUAUGUGUGUGUGUGUGUGUGUGUGUGAGUGAGCUUGGACUUGGUGGUACACAAACGCACAUGUACAGUCUGAAUGCAGGAAAGUGAGUGUGUGUCUGAGUCUUGUGUGUGUGUGUGUGUGUACGUGAAGCUGCAUUUUCAUGUGCAUAGACAUAUUCUCAGCUUGUUUCCUCUCAGGUGAGCAGCACCUUCUCAAACAUAAAGGUGUAAAUGUUCCCUCAGAUCAUCAACAGACCAACAAUAGACUUUGUUAAUGGAAAAUAAAGAGCUGAAACCUA